GCAGUGCCAGGAUGGUGCUGCUGGAAAGUGAGCAGUUCCUGAUGGAGCUGACCAGGCUCUUCCAGAAGUGCCGGUUGUCGGGCAGCGUGUUCAUCACCCUGAAGAAGUAUGAUGGUCGAACUAAACCCAUUCCAAGGAAGGGUUCUGCGGAGGGCUUUGAGCCCUCAGACAACAAGUGUUUGUUAAGAGCUACUGAUCGGAAAAAGAUCAGCACUGUGGUGAGCUCCAAAGAAGUGAAUAAGUUUCAGAUGGCUUAUUCAAACCUAUUGAGAGCUAACAUGGAUGGGCUGAAGAAGAGGGACAAAAAGAGCAAGAGUAAGAAGAGCAAAGCAGCGCAGUGAAGGGCACCAGGUUUCCUGCUUUCACCAGUUAACCACUGAGUUGCUAUUUUUCCUUUGGUUUUUACUUUUGGCCACAAAGCUGGGUUUCUGAUUCCUCUACAAUAACUGUUUUCAUGUGAGAUUAGGGUCAUUUUUGGAUGGAAGAAGGGCUGCAGUGUUUACAGGGUAGUUACAAGAAGCCAGUUUAUUUUAUAUCUGGCUAAGUGGUCUGUGUUGUAUGAUUGUAUGUUUCUGGAUGAUAGUUUACAGUCUCUGU